UGUGAGCUGGGUGCAGUCCAAAGUUUUUCUUCCAAUAGUUCUGCAUAACAACUGAUAACACCCUAUUUCCCAUGUUACUCAUAAUUUUGUGUGAAGUUUAAAGUUCCUAUCUGACCGUGCGACUGACUGAACUCUUCCACACAGUGCGAUACACCUGUACUUUUCCUCAGUUGCAAUAAUUACAAGAGCAGCCUGCAUAGGGAGAAGGCAUCCCUCAAGGACAAGACCGCAAAUCUACUUCCUUAAGUCUAGUCUUUUUUUAUGAUAAAGCAUAGUCCUCUAUGGAAUCAGCAUGGCAGAGAGUGGAAUCCAUGCACCGCUGGAUUCUGGAGAAUGGGGAUAAGCGGACGGACCCAUGGCUUCUAAUCUACUCUCCUGUACCAAUCAUCUGUAUGUUUUUGUGCUAUCUUGGUAUUAUUUGGAUUGGACCCAAGCUUAUGAAACACACGGAACCAGUGAAUCUAAAAGCAGUGCUUAUUGUAUACAACUUUGCCAUGGUCGGUUUGUCGAUUUACAUGUUCCAUGAGUUCUUGGUCACAUCUUGGCUGGCAGACUACAGUUAUCUGUGUCAACCUGUGGACUACAGCCCCAGUCCUCUAGGAAUGAGGAUGGCCAGUGUAUGCUGGUGGUUCUUCUUCUCUAAAGUUAUUGAGCUUAGUGAUACAGUCUUUUUUAUCCUAAGAAAAAAGAACAGCCAGCUCACUUUUCUACAUGUGUAUCAUCAUGGAACUAUGAUCUUCAACUGGUGGGCAGGAGUUAAAUUUGUGGCGGGAGGUCAAUCAUUUUUUAUCGGGCUGCUGAACACCUUUGUUCAUAUAGUGAUGUAUUCUUACUAUGGCCUGGCGGCCCUGGGGCCUCACAUGCAGAAAUAUCUGUGGUGGAAGCGCUACCUCACUUCAUUACAGCUGGUCCAGUUUGUCUUGCUGACUAUUCACACUGGUUACAACCUCUUCACCGAGUGUGAUUUUCCUGAUUCCAUGAAUGCAGUUGUGUUUGCAUAUUGCGUCAGCCUCAUAAUACUCUUCAGCAACUUUUACUACAAGAGCUACAUAACCAGGAAGAGCAAGAUGUCUUAACAUUGGUCCACAUGAGCAGAGGCCUCACCCGUCCUUUGAUAGACUAAUUUGUCCAUUGCUGUUCUCACUGCAGUCAUUCCUCAGUUAAAUUAAGUCUUCAGGACCGAAAAUUUGGUGAAACCACUGACCUCAUAUCUAAUUUGGGUUGUAAAUGACUUAUCCAAUAAAGAUGUGACAUGUCUUAUUGCAUUUUGGAACCUCAACCAAAAUAAUUUGAAAUUAUUAUUAUCAUUUUAGAUAACUUUAAGAUGGAAUCUUGUGUAAAAACAGCUUUGUACUGUCUUAUAAAUUGUGUCUUUAUUAACAAAAGUGAAGUGCACUAGAUGGCGCUAUUUACGUAUCUUGACCAUAGAUCUUGACUGCAGCUGCCUCAGACGAUGUUCUCGCGCGAAUUCUCGCGAUAAUUAAUUAGCAGUGUUGCCAACUUAGCGACUUUGUCGCUAGAUUUAGUGACUUUUCAGACCCCCCCGGCGAUUUUUUUUCCCAAAAAAGCGACUAGCGACAAAUCUAGCGACUUCUUAGACAAACCUUAGCGAGUCUCUGUGAUCGCUGGUACUGACGCAACGGCGCGAGGUCAGCGCGCACACCUCUCUCUCUGCGUCUGCUCUGUUCAGCCAGCGGCUUGAGGACCAGCGCCUUCAGUUAAAAUAGAUAUUAUGUCGCUUCUCUAAUUUUACAUGCAAAUAUAGCCGAAAUCACAGCACAGGAAUUGUCUUUGUCUUGUCUUUUCUUAUGUGCGUUUCAUUUCAUCAGACGAUGGUUCAAAUAUAAAGCAGGAUUUUUGUUCAGAUUAACGUCUUGGAAGGGAGAGCUAGUUAUGCAUUUCAGUCACUAUUUC